AUGGAAUUAAAAAGUAAAAUUAUUCUUUUAAAUGGGCCCUCAUCAGCCGGAAAAACUUCAAUCGUCAAAGCCAUUCAGCAUUUAAGCGAAGAACCAUGGUUAACUAUGGGAGUUGAUGUCUCUUUUGCGACUAUGCCUGCUAAAUAUUUACCAGGUGGAAAAAAAGCCCAUGAAGGAAUUAAUUUUGUUACGGGAACUGAUGAAAAAGGAUUUUCAAUUAUGAGAGUGGAAAGUGGUGAUUAUGGCAAAAAAGUUGGCCAUUCAAUCAAAAAAGUUGCUAAAUGUUUAGUCGACGAUGGACAUAACCUCAUCCUUGACGAA